AUGGUGCAGGUAGUUUUGGUGAGUGGUCAUCUGGACUCCUGGGACGUGGGCCAGGGCGCCAUGGACGACGGUGGAGGUGCCUUUAUUUCCUGGCGGGCCUUGAGGGUGCUGCGCUCAAUGGACCUCCGACCACGGAGGACCUUGCGCUGCGUGCUGUGGACAGGCGAAGAACAGGGCCUCUGGGGGGCACGGGCAUACUACAAGCGCCACCAGAAAGAAGCCUCCAACAUGAACAUCAUCAUGGAGUCUGACAUGGGCACCUUCAAUCCCCUGGGUCUCGUACUGGCUAGUUCGAAUCCAACAGCGCGCUGCAUGGUCAAGCACGUGUUGGAUCUUAUGGGUGCCAUCAACGCAACCAACCUCGUGCUUGGUAACGAGGGGCCGGACAUCCAGUUCUGGGUUCACAGUGGUGUUCCCGGGGCCUCCCUGCUCACAGCCAACGAGAAGUACUUCUACUUCCAUCACACAGACGGUGACACAAUGAUAGUCGAGGAUCCCGUCAGUCUGGACCUGUGCACUGCCUUCUGGGCAGCUGUCGCUUUCGUCUUUGCCGACCUGAGCGAGCGCCUCCCGCGUUGA